AGCAGUGAUGGGUGUGAUGAGAUCCUCAAGAACGAUGGGAAUAGAGCACUACAUGGUUUAUGUUGUGCUCCUAAGUGCCAUUGCCGCUACUGUGACAUCAUACCCUUACUCAUCUCCUCACACACCACAAUACAAUUCUCCGAGCCACAAACACAAAUCACCUUACCCGCCUAAAAAACAUUCUCCAUACAACUCGGCAUCUCCUCCAAAGGUUCACUACAAGUCUCCACCACCACCAUACGUCUACAGCUCCCCACCUCCACCAUACUACUCGCCUUCUCCAAAGGUUGACUACAAGUCUCCUCCACCACCAUACGUCUACAGCUCCUCACCCCCACCAUACUACUCGCCUUCUCAAAAGGUUGAUUACAAGUCCCCACCACCACCAUACGUCUACAGCUCCCCACCCCCACCAUACUACUCGCCUUCUCCAAAGGUCACCUAUAAGUCUCCACCACCACCAUACGUCUACUACUGAUUUUGAAUUGUUUCAGUAACAAGAAACAUGAUUGGUACAAUUUCUUUUCAUAAUAUCUUCUCUUGAUUCUUCUUAUAUUGUUUUUUUGUUCUACUAUCUUAUUAAGCUUUUUAUUUAACCAAUAAUGUAUGUUUUAAUGCACUUUU